GUCGUGGGGGUUAAAUGACAUCAACAGCAGGAGGAGGAGAGUUGGAGGGGGAUGGGGAGGGAGAGGUGGAGGGGGGGAACGAGGAGGCGGAGGGAGUUGAGAGGGAAGGAGAGGGCCGGAGUUGAGGAAAGAAGGGGAGGGAGAGUGCUUAGAUUCUCAUAGUUAUUGGCUCUAUCUUUCCUCUGCAUGGUGUGUGCCGCCGCGGUUAAUGUCUGAUGACGGAAACGUUGUCAGAGAAGCCAGGGGACAUCAAAGGCACACCAGGCGGGCUGGGAAUCGAUUGGACUGGCUCAAGCGAAAUGGCGGCGGGGGAAGGAGUCGUCGACCGGGAAGAGGUAUUGGCUGGUGUGGUAUCUGGAGGAGCAGCGGGAGCAGCAGCGGAAGCAGCAACAGGAGGAGGAGGUGGUGCCUCGACUCACCGGGUGUCGAUCGAGGAGGCCGCACCUGGAGGAGGAGAUGGGAUCUGCUUCAGUGCGCCCGCCGCCGUCUACCUGACGUUCGACUGUGUGCGCGACCGGUCGGCGAAGACGGCGGCGUCUGGGACUCGAGGAGCACGACCAGCAUGGCAGAGACUGUAUUCGGUGGGCAAAGCAAUCAGGAGGGGAGCCUUAUCGUGUUCACGAAAGCUGAGGGCUCUGGUUUCGCUCAGUAGAAAGAUCCUGGGGCGGGCUGUGCGCAGCAUUCUGUGUUGUUUUCGAGAGCUAUGGCGUGUUCUUUUGUUAAUUGCCGCUGGUCUCAAUCGGGCGAUGCGGAAGAGGGCGUCGUUUUACCGCCUCCAUCUUUUGUAUUUCCUGACUCUGAGCUUUUUGGGCGCCUUGAUCUUGUGGGCGCUGCCCAAGAAUCCGGAGAACAUGCCUGAUCACAAGACUCACAUGGACUUCAUUGAUGCUUUGUUUUUUUCGACGUCAGCUUUGACCACGACGGGUUUGGUCACUCUGGAUAUGACUGUGUUGAGGACAGCAGAUUUCGUUCUGCUGAUGUGUUUGACUGCGAUCGGAGGGACUGUGCUAACGUCCUUGGGGCCAGUGUUGGUGAGGCGGCACUACUUCCGGCGCAAAUUGAGGGAGGUGGCGGAAGAAUCUGAGGGGGAGGAGGAGAUGGACGCAGCACCAUACAAGGGUCUGGAGCAGCAGGAUCCUCAUUACCAACAAGAUUCACGGCCGCCAAUUUGCGUGAUAACCGACCAGCAGUCGACGCGCACCCUUGGCAAGGGUGCAGGACAGGCGCUGAGCACAGGCCGUGACGUGCCCUCUGCACCUUCAAGGGCUGUGUCUGAGCGAGGAGGAAGCACAAGAGGAGAAGAGGUGGACUGGACAGCUGGGAGCCGCGGGGUUGUGGCUUCGGGGGGGAGAUUUGUCGGCCCGGUACUAGGAGGCGCCGCAGCAGGAGGAGGUGGAGGUGGGAAGGUCGAGGAGGAGGCGGGGUCUUCCUUCGGCGAGGAUCGCGCACAGCCUUUCGCUCGGAGAUGGAUCCCAAGAGGAGACGACGGAUUGCGCCAAAAGCUAAACUCCGAGACACAGACGAGAGCCGGCAGGAAACGGCUAGAUCAUAGCCUCACGUGGGACGCUAAUUUCCUGGCGGAACAAGCACGCAAGGUAGUCCAUGAUGCUGUGACUAAGCGCCGUGGAGGCGGAAGAGGAGCAGAAAAACGGGGCAGAGAAUCGGCAUCCGUAGAGGAGCCAGCAGGAGGAGGAGGAGGGAUAAGUCGAGGAGGAGGGAUAAGUAGCUCGUCGACAGGUUUUCCAAGAAGUGUUGCGGACAAUUCAAACAGCAUGACGGUUACGUUCGGCCUUGACGAUGAUGUGCAACUGCGCGCCGAUUUCAACAUCGGAUGGCAGACUUUGGAUUACCACAAGCGGCGAUCUGACGAGUACCUUGCUCUGGUAGAAUUGAGUAAGUUAGUGCCUUUAUACUAUUUGUUCUGGACCCUCUUUGCCUGGAUUUCGUUGAGUAUCAUUCUGUCCACCUCUUCUUUAAGUAGGAGGGUCGUAGACUCCACCGGCGCCAACCUGCAUUUUUUCUCCUUGUUCCACGCGUUCGCCGCCUUCAACAACCUAGGCAUGUCCAUAGUUCCCGCCAACCUCAUGCCUUUACGCAAAUGCACGAGCAUGCUUGUAGUCAUUGGAAUUCUGAUGCUCGUCGGACAAAGUCUGUACGCGCCGACGAUGCGCGGUCUCAUCCUGCUGCUGUACCGCUUUUCGAAGAGCAAGAAACACGUGUACGAGUAUUUGCUGGACCACCCGCGGAAGUGUUUCACCCAUCUGUUUCCUAGUUCUCAAACGAAAUGGCUGGUCGUGGCUGUCAUGGGCAUCACGGGCUUGCAGUCUAUCUCGUUCUACAUUCUCGACUGGCACAACAAACAGUACGUAGACGAGACUUCUUUCCAGAAAAUCUCUCACGGACUGUUUCAGUCCAUCGCGGCGAGGAACGGCGGCUUCCAAGUGCUUAACAUUCAGCUGCUCAAUCCGGCGAUGACGGUUCUCUACACGGGGUUCAUGUAUACCGCCGUGUAUCCGGUAUUUCUUGCGCGACAACACUCGAGCGAGCCCCAGGAAGCAUACCACGACGGGGAGAUAGGGUUACCCUUUGUAGACUGGGAGUCGAAGGUGGUGGCGAACAGUCUGAAGUGGCAGGCGGUAGGGCUGCUGGGGAAGGAUGCGUUCCUGGCGUUCAUUGGGGUGUUCUUGAUCUGUGUGGUGGAAGCAUCGAAAAUCAGGACAGAUGCCAACUUCACGUUCAUGAACAUCUUGUUUGAGGUCAUGAGCGGGUUUGGCAAUGUAGGAGUGUCGACAGGAUUAUGUUUCCGGGAAGAUCCGCUCGAUCCAGAAUCGAUGUGCAGCCCCAACUCACCGAACUACAGUCUCGCGGGGGGGUUCCAUACGGUGUCGAAGGUCGUUAUGGUGUUCAUCAUGUUCCUGGGUAGGCAUAGAGGCCUGCCGCACAACAUAGACGCAGCUGUAAGUAUACCCAAGAAAGCGUUGUUCAGGCGGCAAACGAACGCUCUGCCCGCGGAGAUGACAGACCCCAUAGCAUUCAUGAGGAAUCUUCAGACGCAGCUGUCGAGUAUGUCGUUAUCGCUGCAGUUGAGGGAGAGGAUGAACAGAAAACAGGCGCAGGAUGUGAAGGCGUCGGCGGAGAGAAGGACGUCGCUGGGGGAGCUGGUGGAAGAGAUGCGCAUGGAGAGUUCCAGGAGAGUCGUUGGUUUGCAAACAACAGGAGAUGGAGGAGGAGGAGGAGGAGGAGGAGGAGGAGGAGGAGGAGGAGGGGGAGAAGCGGGAAGGAUGGAUGAUCAGAAGGACCAGAACGCCAGCAUCUUCAAGGCUGCUUGAAGGCGGGCUUGAGGGGGGGGAGGGUAGGGGGGAGGGGGGGGGGGGGCGGGCGCGGCUAGCGGAGGAAAUUUGGAGGAAGAAGUGUAGGGCAGUGGAUACUUAGAUCAUAGGAGGACGAGGCGGAAGAGAGAGAAAGAGGAAUGAUGAACGGGUAACGAGAGAAGAAAGCCAAAGGCAAAAUUGCUCUGUGAAGCUAUGGCGGCGAUAUGCUAACGUGGGAGAGAAGGAUGGAGGUGGGAAAUUAGGGAGAGAGAGAGAGAGAGAGAGAGAGAGAGAGAGAGAAUGGGAUGGGAGGACGAGAGGCGGGAAGAUUAGGAAUGGAGGGUGGAGAGGAGGAUCAGCAUGCAGGCACGGGUACUUGGUACAAGUGCUGUGUGUCUCCAUUUGGUCAUCAACUCCAGUAUUUUUUUUCAAGUUAGAAGGCGAAGGAUGUGUAUUUUAACUGUGACAGAAACCGGCCAGUUUUAUUUUUAUUUUUUUUUUAUUUUUUUUUUUCCCAAAGGUAGUGCAGGCGCUUAUGGUUCUCGCCAAAUUUAUUUUUAGCAACUGGUAUUUGUAAAUCAGAAGGUGACAGAUUUUUAUUCGGAUUAUUUUACGGCAGAGAAGCCACCCCAAUUACAAAACGAAGAGAUGAGAUCGUCUCCCUUUGUCCUUUUCCUUGUCUUUUACGGUUGCUUGUUCCCCUCCCUCCCCCGCUGCCGCCGCUNCCCCCGCCCCUGCCCCCCUCCCUAACGCAUUUGUCGUUUUAUGAAAGUUUCGCUGUUAGGUAGAGGCUAACUCCACACGUACUACGUUCGAGCGCGAUUCGAGAGUUGGGAUCCCGACUAAGAGAAGGACCAGGAAGAGCGGCGGAGAGUCGGAGCAAUGGAAUCCUGACGAAGAGCCGGACGACGACGGGCGGACGGGAUCGGGAGCUUCGGAGCGAUGCUUGGUAGUGUCAUGAGGUCUGUUGCGGAGGCGUGGGGGGAAGUCGGACGAUCGCUCUAACGAUCCGUGGUGGGCCCCACUUCCAUGCGCGGAGGGGAAAUCUGACGCUCUCUCUGAUAAUCCAUGAAGGAGCUUGGCUGUUGACGUGUGGGAAGUCUGGUAAAGUGUUAAUCGCACGUGAGAUGCAGAAGAAGAGAGAGCGCCUUCAACGUGGGAUGCAGGAGAGAGAACGCCUCCAACGUGGAAUGCAGGAGAGAGAGAACGUCUCCAACUCCAAUGUUUAGUGAUGAUUGAUGAUGAUGAUGAUGAUGAUAGGUGGGGAUGAUUGAUGAGGAGGAUGCUGUUUUUUUUUCGCAACGGGACAUCGAGGAUGGCCCAUCGUCGCUCCAUUCCUUAAUUUAUUUUUUGAUCGUUUGCUUCCCCUUGAGGUAAGAACAUGGACACGACAUGAAUUUCUGUUGGCAAAAAUAAAAAUAAAAAAAAUGAAAGCCAUGGACAUGC